AUGCCACCAAGAGAAAAGCUCGACGUCGAGACGCCAGAAUCGCGCGAGGCGCGGCUGGGCUCGCUCUUCUCGUCGCUCGCGCAGCCGGGCACCGACGCCGACGGCGGCGCACCCGCGUUCCCCCUCCCGCCGAGCAGGCCGCACGCGAUGCCCGAGUCGGACGUGCUAGCCCGCGCACGCGCCUUCCUCCCCCUCCUCGCCUCGUCCAACGCCGAGCUCCUCGCGCGCGCCGCGGCGGACCCGUCCAGCGUGGACAUUGAACGUGCCGACGGGGAGCACGUAGCCAUGGACGUUGGGCUGGGCGUGUUCGACGUGCAGGGUACCCCUGGGGCCGGGCUCGGGCCGGUCGUGGAGCGAGACGGUGCUGUUUGGGAGGCUGCGGCUCAGGCUGGGGAUGAGGAGGAGGAGGACGACGAGGAGGGGAGCGAGGGGGAGGACGAGAGUGAUACCACCGAGAGCAGCGAUGAGGACGAUGAUGAUGACGAGGAGGAUGUGGACGAGGACGAGGUCGACGCCGCUGCCGACGACAGCAUGGACCAGGAUAAGUAG